AUGCAGCAUCGCUCUUCCAACGCGGAUACGAUUCGCGCCGAGAGCGAGAAAGUGAGGCAGGCGAACGAGGAGCGAUUGAGAGAGAAGCGAAUGCAAAAAUCCUCUCGCUCGAGCGGAUCUGCCUCCCCAGGGGCGAUAAUCUUUUCGAUAUUAGUGCUCGUCGCCAUCGCGGUGUUUGCGAUUGGCCAUCCGUCCGGGCAAAAAUUGUCGAACCAAGCGUCGAGGAAGUUUGGAUUAGGUGGAUGGAGUAGCAAUGGCGGUGAUUUCGAUGUUGAUAGUAGCGGCGGCGACGCGGUGGACGUUUCGGAAGAGUUGGCGCCGUCGGAGACGAUGUCCGAGGAGGAUCGAGAAGAGAUUGCGGCGGAAGAAGCGGAAGAAGCGCAAGAGGAGGCGGCAGAGGAAGCGGCAGAAAUGGGUUUGAAUAACGAUGCGGCUGAAGCGGUGCCAUCGAGAUCGAAUAUGGAUUCUAUGGCCAGAUGGGCGGCGUUGGGCGUGCCCGAGGUGUGCAUUAGACCGGGCGUCGCGCCGAGCGGCGUGAUUCCAGGAUUAGAGCUUCACGAUCGAUACGACGACGCUUUUUACACGAAACCGGCCGGAACAACUGCCGCGCACACGGAUAAAGUGCAACACACGGAAGAGCAGCAAGCGGAACACGAAGACGCGAAGGAAGAGUUGCAAGACGCGAAGGAAGAUUUGAAAGACGCCGUGGAGGAGUUGAAGGAAGAGAUUAUCGAGGAGAAAGAGGAAGAGGCAGAAUUGGCUGCCGAAGAAGGCGUUACGAUUUCCGACGAAGAACAAACGGAAGACGAGACCAAGUUGGAAGUUGGGCAAGAAGACGCCGAGACGAUUGCGGGUGCGUCUUCCGACGAAGGCGAAAAGAGACGCGCGCGAAGCUUGCUUGGGAAGCAAAAGAAAGCAGGAGGGAGAAUCACUGGCACGCCCUUAACGGCGACUUCGGUGCAAAACGUUCCGUUAGCGUCAGCCUCGUUCGGUCGCGAACGAUACGCUGGGCCGGAAACGAACCCGUUACUCGUCGAGGGUAUGUCUGAAAACGCCGACGAUAUCGACCAAGCGGACACGGAACAAAGAGUCAUGUUUGAAGUCGCGAAGCUGUCGCUCUUCGACAUCGCGUGUCAGUUUGCCAACGCCGAGUGCGCGGAUGCAGCGGCUUUACAGUUGGCUGCCGCCUUAAGAGCGGACGCCGAAGCCGUUAUCAAUCCGGACGUGUCCCCAGAAGAACUCACGGAAGUCUCCGCGAGACUCUCCACGUUGCACAGCAACCCGAGAACGAUGUUGAACUCGUCCAAGUUACCGGCGAUGGGCAAAUCUGGCGAACUCGGUUCGUGUGCGUUAACCAGCGACGCGGAGUAUGACCCAAGCGGGCAACGAUUUGACGCGACUGUUUCUCGAUUUGCCUCGGUCAUUGACGUCCACGACACGUUGGUGUACUGCGCGCCUGAUUCUAAGUUUUGCAAAUUCACGAAACUCACCGAACCGAUCACGGAAACGACCGUUCGAUUGGACGCGGCUUCGUAUUUGAUGGCCAAAGCGGCGGGUAAAACCAUCCACUCCAUCUUGGCCAACGACGAAGGUUUAGGACGAGGUAUUUCCAACUGGGGCUACGAAGGCGAGCCGACGCACAACUUUAUCACCACUUUAAUGCUCUUGCGUUCUGGUUUGUGUGCUCGAUUGGAUGUUUACGGUCAACCGUCCAUCCCUCUCGAUUGGUUCCGCUCGCAAGGAUACGGUCACAUCACCGCCAUUCCGGGAGAUAGCGAAGAGGAUCAAAAAUUAGCCAAAACGCUCGUCCAAGAGAGGUACGCUUAUAGAGUGGUGAUGGAUCAAGGGAAAAUGUGCUUCUUCAAGUAA